AUGCCAAAAUACUGGCGAGUGACGUGGAGUAAAGUCGGGACACGGUCACGUGGGAAAGAUAGGCUGACGGCCGAAGCACCACACAAAUCUUCUGACUCCAGCCCUGCCCCGAACGCAAGAGAUAGACAAAAAGAUAUGGCAACGUCAGCUGCGCCGCAGUCUGGAAUGGGGAAGUUGGUCAAGGCUGACACAAUAGCUGCAAAGUUCCGGACUGAGAUUGAGCAAGCCAUAUCGGGAUCGAGCGCUCGUGCUCGAAAGCCUCGACUUCUCGGGAUUCUCUCAACUUCCUCGGCACCAUCCAGAUCGUAUGCACAAUUCACAAAGAAGACAUGCGAAGCAAUUGGUAUCGACUUUGUCCUAAAAGAAGUCGGAGGAGCCGUAGAAGGUGGUGUAGACGGAGAGGGCGCGGAGGAGGCUAUUAUUGAGGCCAAUGAAGAUCGAAACAUCGACGGAAUCAUGGUAUACUAUCCCAUCUUCGGCGGGUCUCAAGACCAUUACCUGCAGCAAGUAGUUUCGCCUUUCAAGGACGUCGAAGGACUUCACGUCAAAUUUCAUUAUAACCUAUACCAUAACAUUCGUUUCAUCCGCCCCCAAACGUUGGUGGGACUACCUAGCUCGGCAAAUUCUCCAACGGCUCCUGCUCCAGCUGCUGAAGCGCCCGAAGGCUACGUCAAAUCGAUUAUUCCAUGCACACCACUGGCAAUCGUCAAGGCACUUGAACAUGUUGGAGUCUACAAUUCCAUUCUCGACUACGGAGAUCGUGCAUAUGGCCGCACGGUUACCAUUAUCAACCGUUCGGAGGUUGUCGGACGUCCUCUCGCAGCUCUACUUGCCAAUGAUGGUGCACGAGUUUUCAGCAUUGAUAUCGAUAGUAUACAAGAGUAUACGAAACGCCCAGCAACAAACACGAGUAGUGGCGAGAAGCCGAAUAGAUAUAACCCUCGACACGUUGUUCAUCCAUGUUCCCUGUCGCUCGAACAAUGCUUGGGACUUUCAGAUGUUGUGGUCUCGGCCGUACCAAGCGCAACUUACAAGGUUCCUACAGGGUGGCUGAAAGAUGGAUGUAUAUGCGUAAACGUUGCAAGCGAGAAGAAUUUCCAGUCGGAUGUUAGGGAGAAAGCAUCCCUUUACAUGCCCGCGGUGGGCAAGAUUACCCAAAUGAUGUUACUCCGAAAUCUACUCCGGCUCUGCCAGUAUCGCGAGUUACUCGAAAGUACCGCAGCUUGA